AUACAUUUAACUGACGAGCAAUAAAACAUAUUAGAUAUUUUUAGGAUUGAGCUUGACUGAAAACUGACCAAAAUAGGUUAUUGUUUUUGCAAAAGUUUGUGUCGUUUAUUAAUAUACAGCUAGGUGGUCAAUGGUAAAAAAUGUAUUCUGAUAAUGUGUAGAAUUGUGAAUAUCAUUAGGAGAAUUGAAAAGGAAAUAUGUUGCAUUUGUAAUUUGAUUGCAUUGUAUGGUAGGAUUGUAUGCUAUUUUAUGAAUGAAUGGGUUCAUAUGUCAUAUUUAGAAACGUUUGAAAACUUAUAGAGAUGUAGAUCUAUUUAGUAAAAAGCUCAAAAUGUAUUUAUCACAACAGAUCGUGAGAUUUCAGUUUGAAUUGCUUGACUUUAAACAAUGCCGGAGUAGGGUAGUCCUUCGAGAAAGACCUGCUUUUGAAAUGUUUUUUUAACAGUGUGCAGGUGGCCAUGAUGCAUUUCUUACCCAAACCACAGGCUUUGGCAUUUUAACUGAAUAUUUAUAAACAGGUGUGUGUGUUUCACAUUGACAUACGAAGAUGAGGAAUACUAACGCAAAGCAACAUGAGUGGCAUUAGAGCUUACUAUAAGUGUGAUGUGUGUAAAUGUGUGCCAAUCUGUAAUUGUACAUUUUCACAGAGCAAUUGUUUGAGAUAAUAGAGUUUUAAAAAAUGUGAUGAAUGACUAUGUUACAUUACGUGGAAAAUUCAUUAAUGAAAGGUAAUGUUAUCAAAAAUGUAUUAUCUCUAAUUUCGCAAUCUCUUACAGUAGAAACACAUAUUUAUAUAUCAAAACUAUUUUAUGUCCAUUACUUAAUUGCAGAAAAAUGUCAUUACGAUCCCAACAAAUUUCACAAGUGAGGUGAAUGAUUCUGUGGAUAAAUAUACUGUGUACAAAACAUUAGGAACAUGUUCUUUUUUCAUGACAUGACCAGGUAAAUCCAGGUGAAAGCUAUGAUCCCUUAACGAUGUCACUUCAAUCAGUGUAGAUGAAGGGGAGGAGACAGGUUAAAGAAGCCAUGAGAUAAUUGAGACAUGGAUUGUGUAUGUGUGCCAUUCAGAGGGUGAAUGGACAAGACAAAACAUUUAAGUGCCUUUGAACAGGGUAUGGUAGAAGGACCGGUGCACCGGUUGUGUAAAGUACUGCAAGGCUACUGGGUUUUUCACACUCAACAGUUUCCCGUGUGUAUCAAGAAUGGUCCAAUACCUAAAGGACACAACUGUGAGAAGCAUUGGAGUCAACAUGGGCCAGCAUUCCUGUGGAAUGCUUUCCACACCUGAUAGUCCAUGCCCCGACAAAUUGAGUGCAACUCAAUAUUAGGAAGGUGUUCUUAUUGUUUGGUAUACUCAAUGUAUGUCUUUAGGGCAUUGGUAUUUGUAGAAAAAUGAAAUGAAAAAUCUAGAAAUAAUAUUAGUUCGUUGUUGUUCUUUGAUACAGAGGAACACUUUGUCAAAGAAUCUGUCAUUAAGUGAAUUUCGAAUGACUCCUCGUCUUUUGUCUGUUCUGUAGGUAUUUAUCUCUCUCACGCUCUGCACCUUCCCCUUGCCUCAGCUCUGUCAUGCCUCGCUCAUUCCUGGUCAAGAGUAAGAGACCAGGAUCUCAUCCCCCUUGCUUCUCUAAAGGCACCAGACACACAAACCCUGACCAGCCACAACCUCAUACAAAUCAUCAUGACAGGCAGAACAGGGCAUGGCAGGAAGUAAGGUCCCCACAUCGGAGCCCCUUCCAGGAGGACCAGGGCAACUUGUGCUCAGGGUCAGAGGUCAAGGACACCCUGGACUACCCCUGCCCUAGCUGGGACGCCAUGGCAACCAGACCACACAGCACCUCGCCAGCUGACCUCUGGACCAGCUGGUCUGCAGAAACCGGAGGGUACGAUGGUGUGGAGCCAUCCGAGUCUGCCCUGCCCUGGUCCCUACACUGGCCCCGGGGCCCUGACAGAGAGAGGGAGCUGGAGAAACUGGUCCAUGUCUUACUGAGCCACAGGCCACAUAUGGACCUCAACUCCACCAGCCCAUGCCCCCUCUGUGAAAAGGUCUUGUCCUCAGGAGCUGUACUGAAGACUCAUUUACUCAGGUCACGCGCAUGCGUGCAUGCAGUUCCAUUGGCCACAUCAGCCAAAGCUCCAGAGCACCCCUACGAGUUCAAACAAGCUCUGGGCAUGUACGGAAGACCAAAGGAGCGUAGCUAUAGCUGUAAGGAGUGUGGGAAGGUAUUCAAGCGCUCCUCCACCCUGUCCACCCACCUGCUCAUCCACUCUGACACCAGGCCCUACCCCUGCCAGUACUGUGGCAAGAGUUUCCACCAGAAGUCAGACAUGAAGAAACACACCUUCAUACACACAGGUGAGAAGCCCCAUGUGUGCCAGGUGUGUGGCAAGGCCUUCAGCCAGAGCUCCAACCUCAUCACCCACAGCCGUAAACACAGCAGCUACUGGCCCUUCAGCUGCACGCACUGCCAAAGCAGCUUCCAGCGCAGACUGGACCUACAGCGCCACCAGGAGACACAAUGUUUUCAUAGCAGCGUGUACACACAGAGCUGAGGCCACGGGUAUAAUGGAGAUUUGUAUUACACAAGUACUGUAUGUAGCACAAGAAUGAGUGCUUUGUAUAGAGAUUGUUGACGGUAUUUGCAGUUCCGUUUUUAUAUGGUACUUAGAUCAGUGACUGAAGCUAAGCACAUUACUUAUGUUCAAGUUAUUUGGGCAUUUGUUUUUGUGGAUUUGCGUUCGCUCACAGCUUUUCUGGUUGACCAUUUGGAUAGUGCCUUGAGGGCACCUGAUCACUUUGUUAACAUCUCUAGCAAUGUUAUAUAUAGUGUACGAGCUGGAUUCCAUCCAUAGCGCAGAAGAUCAGCGUUGUAGCCGGUUGAAAUGUAAAGGUCAUUUUCGAUUGAGCCAACAUAUGCAACGUUUACCAUGUACGCUGUCUCCGCUAACACGGAAACGUUGCCUUUAAAUGUCCGUCACGCUUUAACGCUACGGAUUGAAUCCAGCCCUUUAGGCCCAGGACUCUACUGUGCUGUAUGUCUAAAAGACACCUUAUUAAAAAAAGGUGGUUUGUAGAGUGACAAAGCAAACCCCUAUUUCCCACGGUAAUUGGCCAUUUUCCUCAGAGAGCCGUUGCAAUUGUAGCUCCCAUUGUUGGUGUGUGAAUGAAGCUGCCAUUUUCACUUCCCUGUGGCAGCCCACCCAAGGGGAUAAUAAUAUACAUUCAGGCCAUGUGGAACAUGUGAAAAAUAAUGUCUCUGACUGCAGUACGAGCAGAGAAAGACAAUGAUUAUGUUGAAAUGAUGAUGAUGAUUAUGCGAGACAACUAUGGCGAGACAACGUGACUGUAUAUUUUCAGUGUCACAUCCUGGUCAGCAUGAGUAUAUAUUAAAAGGGAUUUAGAUAUAAAAAAUGAAAUACUCUGUUUA